AUAUUCUAAUAUUUUCCCAUUCUAUUAACAAUCCAAUUCCCAAUAAUUGAAUCAGCCUGAUAUUCCUAGUCCAAAUCCUCACUAGUCCUAUUCUACAACCUUAUUGAUAUAUUGCUGCCAUUGCCUUGGUGAUAUUAUUUUAAAUUUGGGGAAAAGGGCAGCUAGAUAGUGCAGUAGAUAGAGUACCAACCCUGAAUUUGGGGGCACUUGAGUUCAAAGCUGACACUUGAUACUUUCUAGCUGUGUGACUCUGGGCAGGGGCUAUGAAAUCAGCGCAGGACUAUAUGAGACAACUGUGAGCAGGAAAAUGAUUGAGGAUGGAAAGCAAAAGUGGGGGCAGACCAACUAAGGAGAGAGAAAAGAUUCACUAUUGCGAAGAAUGUUUCUGGAUGAGAAUAUCCUCUCCUAUUUAUGGCGUAUAAGAGAAAUUGUAAUAAAGAAGCUGGACUUGGAAAGAACAAUCAUCUGGGUAGGAAAAGCCCUGAAAUUGACCAGGGAAUUUGAAGAGCUUUGCUCCACUGAAGAAAAGGAAGCUGAAGAAGAGAAAGAGGACAUUGAAAAUAAAAUUAUCGUGUAUGAUCGUGUAUCGUGUAUCGUAGAAAAUGAAUUUGAACAACAAAAACUCCUAUUAAAGACUGCCUUUGAAGACAAAAUGCACAUCUUUCUUUCUGAGCUGAAAGAAAUGUGUUUCAUGGAAAUAAAAUUUACUCCAGAAGAGGCAAACUUUGAGGAAAUAAAUGACAACAAAAAUGAAAACAUCAAUCAAAGUUCUUUCUUUCUGGCCCCUCUAUGGAAAAUUGGGGAAUCUGCAUUCAAAAAGCAGGAACUGACCAAAAUAGCAAUUUUGGAAGAGAAAACAGAGAAAUUUCUGAAUGAAGCCAAAGAGAUGUGUGCUGUGAAAUAUACUGAAGCUAAUUUUACAGUGCACGACCACAUUGACAUGGAAAAAAAGGAAAAUGAAAAUAAAAAACUAAUUAGUUAUGAUAUUGCAAGUCUGACACCUAUCUUCAAAGCUAGAGUCACUGAAUUAAUAAAACAGAAAAUGGCAUUAAGAACAGCUUGUCAUUACAGAGCACAGAAGUUCUAUAAUGAAGUAAAAGAGAUAAGGGCCAUGGAAAACACUGAAAUGAAAAACAUAUCUGAGGAAGAGAGUACUCUCUAUAAUCAUUUAAUCGUUUUUGCUCUCUGGAUGACCAGAGAAACUAAUUAUGCAAAAGAGCUCCGGGAAUUCCAAAUAUUUUUGGAAGAAAAAAGCCAAUUAUUUUUGCAGGAAGUUCAAAAAAUAAGCAGUAUGUAUAAUAUCGAUAAUGAAGAUAUCAACAGAAAAGAAAAUAUAAUGGACAAGAAACACCCUGAUGAAAGUUCCACAUUUUUUUAUUUAUGGAAUAAAAGGUAUAGUCAUGUCAUACUAAUGAGAAUUCAGAAGGGUGGAAUGUUUAUGGCAAUAACUGUGGCAGUAUCCUUGUGAAUUUGCAAAAAAUAAGUAUAUCCCCCAACUUUGUCCCUUUGUUAUUCAUUCCUUUAUUG